CGUCGAAUAAUUUCACCAGCGUUCUCCAUAAAAUACAUUGCAUCGUUAGAAAAAUUAAUGUUAACUUGUAUAAAAGAUUUGGUUUAUAAUAUCGAUGAAAAGUUAAAAAAUCAAGGUGCUAUUUUGAAUAUUGUUAAUCUUAUUCAGAUUUGUGCAGUGGAUAUAAUUGGUGAAACUUCAUUUGGCGGAAAGUUUAACAGUAUCAAAGCCGGUGAACAUCCUUUACCUGGAAAGGCCUGGAAAGAAUUUAGGAGAAGACUAAUG